AUGGAUCCAGAAAUCCGGGAUAUGUCUGAGACCCAUAAGUACUGCCCCAUAUGCGGGGUGGUUCUUCUGUGCGAAGACCUGGAAGAAACCCCCGACACUCGGCGCCCAUGGUACGCCGAAGUACGUGCUGCGGCCAGAGAGGACUACUGUGACAAUUUCAUCACGGGUGUAGGUUUUCUUGACCCCCGCGACAAUCUUGUUGCUCCGUUAGACGAAGAAUUGGACUACCUGAACGCUUUGGAGCUGGAAGAUGUGGAAUUACUGCGAAUGGAAUCACAUUUGCACGGCUUUGGUCUCCAUGAUUCCUGCUGGAUGCUACUGCAGGAUCGUUUAUGGCAUACAAUUGACUCGGAGGCAAUUGCCCAGUCUCUGUAUAAUCAGUUUAGUUGCACCCCAUCACCACUCCGAUCUAGUCUCUCUUUCGGUCAUGAUUAUGGGGGUGCUGAACGUUGGCAAAGAGCGCAUGACGACGUGCCCAUGCCGGAGGACAUGCCGCUGCUUUUGAAAGCGGAUCCAUAUGCUAUUCCACUACUAGAGAAGCUAGAGGAGAGCGCACCGGAUGUGAGUGGUGGACGGGAAUACAACUUGGAGUAUCCUACGUCGUCUACCGAUAUCAAUACCGGAUACCUUAACUCCUUUGGCCGAAUGUCUCUAGAACUGUUUCAUGAAGUUGUAUCGUACUUGUCGGUCCCUGAGCUCCUGAACUUAAAGUGUACAUGCCGAGAGCUUGGACAGCGCGUGUUAUUCUCCAGCCUACCACAAUCCUUCUGGAAGAGGCAGUUUGCUCGAGGCAACGACAUGGAUUUCCUCUUCCCUGAUCUGGAACAAAAACGGGAUUGGUACCGUUUAUAUCGCGGCACAGCUUCUAUCCUUCAGACCAACGAUCAAUCACCCGAAAGACUCUCCCUGCUGAACCGCAAGAGAAUCCGUGUGCUCCUGGAACCAAUAGCAUGUGUAGUAGAAGCGGACAUCAGACGAUCGAACGAGCCUCGGGGCCGUCGGGCUAACUGUCUGGAGUUCAGGCCUGGGAAUUGGCUGGUAUCAGAGGGGUUGACCCAAUGGCGUGCGGAAAACAUCUACACGGCAUACAUCAGCGUGGAAUUGGAAAUUCUUCCACAUGGAUGCCGCGUACCUCGCUACCGGCUUGGCGCGUUCCCACAUACCAUGUUGCAUGGUGGAGAAAUCAAAAUAUCAACCGUGCAACUAGGGGCACGGGUGUUCAUUUCUGGCAUCAGUCAUCAUUCUCCAGAUGCACAAGUGACAACAGAACAGGCCGUCGGAUAUGGGGACUUGACCGACGAGAUAACGAUCAAUGUGUCUCCCGGGAGCACAUUCAAUCAAAUCGAAGUUGCCUUUUGCCCAGAAGGUCUUCGGGGGAUACGCUUUCAUUUCGGCGGAAACACUCUAUCCGACUGGGUUGGGGAUUCGAGUGAUGAGAACAUGAGCCAUGGCGUCCUGCAAAUCCCUCAUUCAGCCAGCGGGGUGUAUCAUAUCCUUGCUGGUACAGAUGAUUAUCCUCUCGAUCUCACCUUAUCUGAUUCAUAUUUGUGGCAGUCUAAACGACCCAGCUAUAAAAGUCUACGGGUUUAUCACCUCCAGCCGGACAACGCAGGGACACCCUAUCGUCCAUUGAUGAAUAUCGACUUCGGAGGGCCCGAUGGCAAGUGGCUUGAUUCACUUAUCAGCAUGGAGGUACAUGUUUCAUCUGAGGUCUCUCCGAUCCUUGGAAUGACAUUCAACUACACUGAUAAGAUCUUGCGCUUUGGUACAUGCACCUCUGGCGAGGCAUUAACCUUUUCAGUUGAUGGACCAGGGGGGGAACGCAUCAUCAACGUCGUAGGGAGGACAACUGGUCCUAGCGACUCCAGCACUAUUUACGGCUUAAGGGUCACCACAAACCUGAAUCGAGAAAUGGAGUACCACCCUGGCAAACUGCACGACGGCUCCAGUAGCCCAGGUGUGCUCUCGACAGAUAGCCAAUUCCUUGAUGAGCGUCCUCAGGGAAGCGUUAUUACUGGAUUUGUGGCCACACAGCGCUGGGGCGAGGAGCACUUUAUAGAGCUUGGUAUACAAGUUCAAUUGCUCGAUGAGUCGGAUGAAAGCAGGGGUGCAUGA